UAGGAAAAUUAGUUUCAAUGGCUGACGAAGAACGACUGGCACUACCAUGGCGACGACGAAGCACCCGAAGCGCAUGCUUGCAGUGCCUGGAAUGGACGUCUCAAACCAUCCGAUCCUGGGGCCUAAAAGGCACACCACAUCCUAUUAUAUCGAGUGCGCGGGAGACAGAUUGAUCAACUGUGAAACUAUAUGCUUUGGGGAUAGAUGACGAUGAUGAUUUGAAGCGGCAAUAAUGUCGGGUAAGGAAUCGAUGAUGGACGCCUCGAGGCGGAAGGAUAGUCCGAUGUCUGUGAUUAAGGAAUUCGACGGCGACUCUUACGAGGAGAGCCUGUCGAAAGAUGAUAGGAGCUCCCAUGGUUACUCGAGCGGAAUUCUUCCAGCACUCGGCGCGCACAGCACCCACCGGAUCAAGCUGCGACCGUAUAUUGUGUCUCCACUUGAUACUCGUUACAGAGCUUGGCAGACGUUUCUGAAUGUAUUGGUGUUCUACACAGCAUGGGUCUCUCCAUUUGAAUUUGGUUUCAGCAUAGGACGCGAUGGUGGAGUUCUCUCCAUCACAGACAAUGUUGUGAAUGGAUUUUUCGCGAUUGAUAUCAUUCUGACAUUCUUUGUUGCCUACCUCGACAAAGGAACUUUUCUUAUGGUCGAUGAUCACAAGAAGAUUGCUUUGAGGUACACUAGAACCUGGCUGAUCCCUGAUGUUGUAUCCACAAUUCCCUAUCAACUUGCACACAUAAUUAUCAGCUCUUCUCUCGUAUACGGCAUCCUUAGUAUGGCCCGUCUAUGGCGUCUCAGAAGAGUCAGUGCAAUGUUUCGGAGAUUGGAGAAAGACACAAACUAUAGUUACAUGCUGGUUCGAAUUUUGAAACUUACGUGUGUAGUACUUUUUGCGACUCAUUUUGCUGGUUGUUUCUUUUAUUAUAUUGCCGAUACUUAUCCAGAUCCAACAAACACAUGGAUUGGUUCUGUAAAUGAGAAUUUUCAUGAUGAACCUCUAUGGGACCGUUAUGUUACAUCCAUCUACUGGUCUAUUGUCACUGUAACAACUACCGGCUAUGGUGAUUUGCAUCCAGUAAACACAAAAGAAAUGAUAUUUGACAUUUUCUUCAUGUUGUUCAACCUCUUUAUGGAUUCUUAUCUCAUCGGAAACAUGACCACCCUGAUUGUUGAGGCAACAUCCAAAACUAGGAUAUUUAGAGAUACUAUCCGUGGUGCUUCAAGCUUUGCUAAAAGGAACCAGUUGCCUCCUCGACUAGGAGAUCAGAUGCUAUCUCAUUUGAGCCUGAGAUACAGAGCUGACUCAGAAGGGCUGCAGCAGCAUGAAAUUCUUGAUGUUCUACCAAAAGCAAUCCGUUCAAGUAUACUGCACUAUCUGUUCUAUGCACUCGUUGAUAAAGUGUAUUUGUUCCAAGGAAUAUCAAACGACCUACUCUUUCAGCUGGUCACUGAGAUGAGAGCAGAGUAUUUCCCUCCCAAGGAAGAUAUAAUUUUACAAAACGAGGCGCCUACGGAAUUAUAUAUUUUGGUCAAUGGGGCAGUGGAAUACAUUUCUCACAGAAAUGCAAUGGAAUGGGUUGUGGGUGAAGGCAAGUCGGGCGAUGUCUGUGGUGAAAUAGGUGUUCUCUGCUACCGGCCACAGCUUUUCACAGUUCGCACGAAACGGCUUAGUCAGCUGCUGCGGUUAAAUCGAACUUCUUUCUUGAAUAUUCUUCAGGCUAACGUUGGAGAUGCAACUAUAAUCAUGAACAACCUUCUCCAGCAUCUGAAGGAGCACAAAGAUCCCAUGAUGCACGAUAUUUAUAGGGACACAGAGCAGAUGUUGGGCCAUGGAAGGAUGGACUUGCCUCUCAGCAUAUGCUUUGCUGCUGCCAGAGAAGAUGAUCUACUGAUGCACCAUUUGUUAAGACGGGGUUCAGACCCGAAUGAACCAGACAGCAAUGGCCGCAAUGCCUUGCAUAUUGCAGCAUCAAAAGGAAGCUUAGAAUGCGUCGUCUUACUUUUAGAUUACGGCGCUAAUCCAAAUACAAGAGAUUCUGAAGGGAACGUUCCAUUGUGGGAAGCAAUAUUGGGGAAGCACGAGGCAGUGAUUAAAACUCUCAUCGAAAACGGGGCUAAAUUAUCUUCCGGAGACGUUGGCCAGUUCGCCUGCUACGCUGCCGAGCAGAACAACAUAGACUUACUCAAAGAAAUCAUCAAGUACGGCGGGGAUAUCACGAAAUGCAGCAGCUUAGGAACCACUGCACUCCACACAGCUAUAUCCGAGGAAAACAUCGAAGUUGUUAAGUUUCUGAUCAAACAAGGAGCCGACAUAGACAAGCCGGACGCUCACAGAUGGACACCACGGGCGUUGACUGAGUACCAGGGGCACGAAGAGAUCAAGGCCUUGUUUCGGACCAUCAAGAAGUCUGACCAACCGGGUGCAAGCCCACCGAGCUCAACAAUGCCAGAAGCGCCUAAUUACCUCAAGAAACACUCGAGCGAGUCCUCGAUGCCUAGUAGGGAUUCCAUGGAAAGAACACAAGAUUCUGGAAAGAUGGAAUAUUACACCAGCGAUUCAAGAUCACAGGCAAGUGAUUAUCGGAAUUCACUCGCAGGAAUCAUCACGGCUAGCUACAGACAAAGCGAAGGUGGAACUGCGGGGCUCCCGACUCAUUUUGAUCAUACAAAGCCACAGAGCCGUGCUCGGGUGUUUAUAACUUGUUCAGGCAAGAGUGAUCUAGAAGGACAGGCUGUGUUUUUGCCGGGAUCUCUUCAAGAACUACUGGAGUUGGGAUCUCAGAUAUUCGGAUUCCAUCCUACCAAAGUUCUUAACACGGAUGGAGCUUUGAUCGAAGACUUUGAGGUAAUAAGAGACGACGAUCAUCUUGUACUUGCUAGUUAGAUCAUAGGUUGAUGUUUUAACAAAUUAGUGUAGUAAUUUAUUUGAUUCUUUAUGUUUUUUAGUGAAAUCUAUAACGGGAAGUCGAUGUUUUUAAUGUUGAGGGAAAAUUUUUAAAUGUUGGGUUUUGUUAGUUACUUUGUAGAGUGUUUCUUGAUUAUCUUAGAAAGGUUAUCAUAAAUGGAUCAUGAUGUUUGUGACAUUCUAAUGAAUUUGUGUUU